AUGCGAUGUGUGGCGGCCGUGCGUGUGUGGCUCGCAAGAACGACGGCACGGUUGUUGCAUGGGGAUGGAAACGACGGCACGGCUGUAGCAUGGGGGUCUCCUUAUUAUGGCGGGGACGCUAGCGGUGUCGAUCUCACCAAUGUGCAGGUGGCGACGCCAGCAUCAACGACGGCCCAGCCGGCGCCAACACCAGCGGUAUCGGCGACGGGCGACCCGCAUCUCCAGAACAUCCACGGCCAGCGGUUCGACCUGAUGAGGCCUGGCAAGGCCGUGCUGAUUCAGAUUCCGCGCGGACAGCCGUUCGAGAAGUCAUUGCUCACCGUGGUGGCAGACGCGCGUCGUGUGGGCUCGCAUUGCGCGGACAUGUACUUCCAAUCUGUGAACAUCACAGGGGCUUGGGCGGACAAGGUGCGACCCGGCGGCCUCACCUUCACUGCCGGGGGGUCGCGCGACGAGACGGUCCAGGCCGCCCAGGGCUGGACGAGGUUCGGCCCGCUGAAGCUGAAGGUCGUGCACGGCAGCACGAGCCAGGGCAUCAAGUACUUCAACUUCUACGUCAAGCACUUGAUGGAGGUGGAUGCUGCUAUCGGAGGUCUGCUCGGUGAAGAUGACUACACGGAGGCGGCGACGCCCGAAAAGGGGUGCCGGACGUCGGUAUCACUUCAUAAGAAUGCGAUUUCGAAUAGUGACGUCGGGCGCGCCGAGGCGAUUGCUAGCCUAGCGUAG